UAUUUAACGUCAUUUCAUCAGUAUAAAUAAGACGGUAAAUUGUGGAGUUAAGCAUUAAAAGCAUUUCAUUCGCAAAAGCUUAAACAACUCUAAUCAAAAUGUUCAAAUUCGUCUUUGUCCUCAUUGCUGCCUUGUUCGCUGUCAGCAUGGCCUCUCCAUCUCCCUUGCCUGCUCCAGCUCCCCGUCCAGUAGCUAGCCCUGAACCAGCUCCCCAAUUCUAUACUCCUUAUGCCUACAGCGGUGGUUACUACGCUUCUCCUUAUGCCUACUAUGGUUAAAUUUGAGAUAUUUCCUUAACAUCAAGGGCAGCGAUGUAGUAGUAGUGUCGAAUAUUUGGGGAUUUAUCAGACACUGAACACUACUAUGGAUUACGAUUAUUGACUAUUAAGCACGCACAUGGAAAAUAUGAUUGAUAUUGUUACGCUGGCAUUUGAAUUUUAUUUUAUAUUUUAUUAUUAAGUUUAUUUUUCUUUUCAUCUUUUCUGUUGAUUCUUUGAUAUUUGUGUUGAUAAAAUUUUUGCAUUAAAAAUUUAAA